AUGGAGGAGGAGCGUGUUUGGCGAUCGUGGUUCCGAGCGCUUCACGUGUUGAUCACGCAACGGAUCGUGCGCCCACCCGUGGCCGCCAUCUCGGCGAGGAAAGACAAUGAGGAGGCGAUUGUCACGAGUUCCGCGCCGAGCCGACCGGGAAGCAGCCGGAGCCAGAGCAGCAGUGCGUGUUGCUGCGAGGAGAAUUUGGACGUUGUUUUGGCCAACGACGAGGCGGAGAAGGCAGAACAGCGGGGGAAGGAGGAAGGUAAGAAGGAGGAGAAGAAGGAAGAGCAGCAGGAGGAAGAGCUGAUUGAAGAGAGGGAGGAAAAGACGGAGAUGGCGGAAUUGAAGGAUGAUGAAGAAAAGGAGGAAGAGCAGAAGGAGGAAGAUGACAAGGACGAGUUGGAGGAGCAGAAGGAGGAACGGUAUUUGGAAAAUUCCCUUCGCUGGGAUUGGCCAAAGCUUUAA